CACUAAAGGGGUAGCUAUGGAGAUGGAGCGUUUUCCUGGCUGCUUUCUUUGACAGGUGUUGAGUGGGGCAAAAGUCUUAAAACAGAAUCCAGCAUGUACGCCAAAGGUAAAGGAGCUGUCGUCCCUUCCGAUAGCCAAGCAAGAGAAAAGUUAGCUUUAUAUGUGUAUGAGUAUUUGCUGCACGUUGGAGCACAGAAAUCAGCACAGACCUUCCUGUCAGAGAUUCGAUGGGAGAAGAACAUCACACUUGGGGAACCUCCAGGAUUUUUACAUUCAUGGUGGUGUGUAUUCUGGGAUCUGUACUGCGCCGCCCCGGACCGGCGGGAGACAUGCGAACAUUCCAGCGAGGCCAAGGCUUUCCAUGACUAUAGCGCAGCUGCUGCCCCCAGUCCAGUAAUGGGCAACAUGCCACCCAAUGAUGGCAUGCCGGGAGGACCCAUCCCCCCGGGUUUCUUUCAAGGUCCUCCAGGAUCUCAGCCUUCCCCUCACGCACAGCCUCCCCCACACAACCCCAGCAAUCCCAUGAUGGGACCUCAUGGCCAGCCAUUCAUGUCUCCGCGGUACCCAGGUGGUCCUAGACCCUCACUCCGUAUGCCAAAUCAGCCUCCCGGGAGCAUCCCUGGAUCACAGCCCCUCCUUCCAAACAGCCUUGACCCCACCAGACCUCAAGGGCAUCCAAACAUGGGAGGUCCGAUGAGGAUGAAUCCUCCUCGAGGCAUGGGAGGCAUGGGCCCACAGAACUACGGUGGAGGGAUGAGACCUCCUCCAAACUCCAUGGGGCCAGGGAUGCCGGGCAUGAACAUGGGUCCUGGCGGAAGAGGUCCGUGGCCGAACCCCAACACCAACUCAAUAGCUUAUUCAUCUUCAUCUCCAGGAAACUAUGUGGGCCCUCCGGGGGGAGGCGGCCCACCAGGAACUCCCAUCAUGCCUAGCCCCGGAGAUUCGAAUAAUUCAAGUGAAAACAUCUACACAAUGAUGAACCCCAUCGGCCCUGGUGGAAAUAGACCGAACUUCCCGAUGGGACCAGGUCCUGACGGGCCCAUGGGAGGAAUGGGUGCUAUGGAGCAGCAUCAUAUGAACGGAUCACUAGGCUCUGGUGACAUGGAUGGGUUGCCAAAGAAUUCUCCUAACAAUAUGGCGGGCAUGAACAAUCCUCCCGGCACUCCGCGCGAUGACGGCGAGAUGGCAGGCAACUUUUUAAACCCAUUCCAAAGUGAAAGUUAUUCACCCAACAUGACGAUGAGUGUGUGAUUUUUUUUCUCCAAAUCUUUUUUUUUAUUUACUUUUUCAUCUCCCUUUAUCUCAAUCUCCCUCUCCCCGUCCUCUCCUGGUGCGUCUUGCGUUAUCCCCUCCACCCCCUUCCCUCGCUCCUCCUCCUCCUCCUCUACCUGGAUGGUGUGCUGUGCCACACAGCCCCUGGGGAUUCCCAUGGAAAGCAGGACUCCCCUCAAGGCCCAACAUCCUAACGCCUGUAAAAUGGGUGUAAGAGCAUGAAGUAGCCUCCGAGCGGCAGAAAGGAUCUCCUCUCCGCGGAGAGCCCGAGGACAGCGAGAGCCUGAGAACUGUCCUCACCCCCGUCUCACCCAAAACUCAAGCCUGCCAUCACGAGUGGCCUUCAGGCACAAUCAAGACGUCCCUCUUCACUCAGCUCCACCCCACUGUGACCCCUCCAUCUUAUCAAGCUGAUUAUAAAUUAUAAGGACAUGCAGUUUUUGACUCACGUGAGGAUGAACCCCCUCAUUCAAAAACUCUGCUCCUGUAGCAGGAUUGAUUUAAAAAUGAUGAACUGUCUGUAUUUUUUUUUUUUUUUUUGUUGAUGAUUAUAUUGUUGUUCUAAUUUUCAUAAUUGAUAUUAUUCUACUAAUGUAGUUAUGAUUUUCUGUAAAGGGCACAUUUUAAACUCAGCAGCAGCAUCAACAAUGACAGAAUAAGCACACACUCGAGAAAUGCACAAUGUUUUUCUGUUUACAUGAUUUGAGGUUAUUUGUUGUUUGUGUUGUUAUUGUCACAGCCAGGCUCACUUCACAUCCCCCCUCAUGAAACAUCUUCUCAAACUUUGUCGUUUAUGUCUUUGCUUCCUGAGUGUCCUCCACCCCGUGUUGAAGUGGUUUGUGCUGAGGUGUUAGGACAUCUAGUUAAAGUAGCGGGUUGCUCCGAGCAUAGCUGUCUUCUGGUACAAAUGUCCGUUGGUGCACAUAGAUUAUCAGAUGUUUAGUCGUAUUGUUCAUGAUAAGCAACCCCUCUAACACCUGUCUGUCUUUUACUGCUGGGAAAUGGCUCUGGUGACAUCCUAAGCUGAUUAUCGGGACAGAAGCUGCCUCUGAUUGAGUAACGGACAGAGAUGGAGAGCAGUCUGUGGUUCCUCUUGUCUUCUAUGGAUUUGUCGGCAUAUUUAGCUUGUAUUGUGCUUUUUUUAUUAUAUGUUAUGUAUGAGUUCUUCUGUGAAUCCUAAACUGUGGUUCCUUUACCUUUAAGACUCCAAGUGGCAGUGCUUUCGCACCGGGAUGUGUUUUGGUCUUUGUCCAGCAGCAUCUCUGUUUGGGCUGUGAGCCUCUCCUGCUCUGAAUUAGCUCCUGUGCCAUCCUUUUUCAGACAAAGCGGACUGAAUAAUUGUCUCUGUAGAGUCCCCAUCAACCUCUUCCCUUGGAGACAGAGAGUAAGGGAUCGAGGGGGUGUUGACGAUGGGAACAAAGUUAUGCACCUUGGGGUUUCACAGACCGUGUGGCUACGUCGGUGUAGGGAGGAGGAACAAUCAUAGGAACUUUCUGCUAUGGAUGAAUUUCCAUUCUCUGGAUUGUUUUCAGCAGCGUUGUUUUUAUUUUCAACUGAAAUUAAAGCCCAUAGAAAUAUGCACACAGAAAAAAAAGCAUAGCUCCAUAUUACACUAUUUAAUUUGUUUUAUUUCUGUACAUUUUGUACUCUUGGCCUUAUCAGCUCUCACUGUUGCUCUUUCAAAGUGAUAAACUAUCUCUCACGGCACCACACUGCAGCACUUCUAUUGGAGCUGUGUGCAAACAAACAAUAACUAAACAACCAUUGUAGCCUCUUAUCUGUGGCUGAUGCCGAUGUGCUUGUUAGUUUCCUGAUGUCAAUGUGAACAGAUUGUACCCAGAUAUUAACAGGGAUAUCUCCAGGAUUUGGCGAUCAGUGGCCUGGGAAUCACUUUCUCCAGUGUUCCUUUCAUGUAGUGACACACACCUCCCUUCUUUCCUUGAUCCCUAACCCAACCCCUACCCUUUUAUUUCCUUUUUUUUUUUUUUUUUUUUUUUUUUUGUAAAUACUGUAUAAUGCAUUUUGAUAUCAUUGACAUGUUUUUAUAUGUCAGUCACUACCAAUGAAUACAGCUGAAAGUAAAUUAUAAAUAAAACUGUCCAUGUUUUUGAUAGAGAAGGGAUGCGUUAACCAUUUGGCUAAUGUGCCUAAAUUUUAUAGAAUACAGUAAAGUGGCUAAAUGUAUAGAUUACAGUAACGCGCUGACUGCAAAGCAUCUGCUAAAGGCUCGUGCAGCAGGGAGGAUGGGACGGAGAGGGGGCAGGACAGAGAGCAGCAAACAAGCUGUGGCGUCCUCACUCUGCCCUUGACUCCUUUUGUUUCAGUCGUCUUUACUGCUGGUUACAAUAAUAAUAAUAAAAACUGAAAAAAAAAAAACAUACGAAUAUGCUUUUCCAAAGGGCAUCUUCUCACAAAAACAUGUGACCUCAUAUUGCAGUUUUUAAUAUGAAGGAUUUUUAUGAAAGAACAUUUUUAAAAUGGGAGACUACGUAAGAAAACCUCAUUUUAAAUUAAGAAUAGAUGGAAAAGUAACAGUUCUUGGGGAAAAGCUGUGUCCUUUUGCUAUUCGCUCCUGUAAUAGCAUUGUAUAGUUUGAAACUCUGUCACUGAUCCUCUCUCAGUCCUCUGUGUAUAUUGAUUGUUGGCCAUCUCUGUUCUUCUAUUGUGAUGUAUAAUACUGUACCAUUAGGAAAAUUUGCUGGUCGGGUGGGGCGGCUAUAUUGACUUGGGGAGGGUUUGGGGGUUAAUGGGAGGGGGAUAUAAAUGAUUCUCCUUUAUCAUUCAUGGUCCUCUCUGAUGACACGGCAGUAUUCAAUAUGAAGCAGUCUGUCUCUUGGGUUUGCUUUGUAUUUCAUGGUAGGAUAGUUGAGAAUCUUGUCUUAGGGACUUAGGUGUCUUGUGUAGGUAAUAAAGAUGUUCUUUGUAUGUUUCUUUAUAUUGUAAAGUUUCUUUAGACUAAAAGAAAAACAGAUAAUUUGCUUAUCAAAAAAGAGACAAUGCAUCAAUA